GGCUGUGAGGCGUGCGCACUGGAGAGGAAGUCAAGUCGUGCUGGACCGGACUGACGCGCCAAAUCCACGCAACUCAACAGGAGCUGCUUUUUAAAAAAAUAAUAAAUCAUGUCCACGCAUGAUGAUGGCAUGUGCUCUUUUGCGUAGCUGACCUCGGAUUUCUAUACUUGUAUUUCUUAAUAGUACAAGGCAUGGCUUUCCUUUGGACGUGCUUCUUUCUGUGUUGUUACAGCGUCUGCAGUGUGCGGGGGACUCAGCACAGUGAGAGCAGUAUCUAUUUGGAUAACAUCACGCGCAUACUGGAUAGAUUACUGGACGGCUAUGACAACAGGCUGCGACCUGGAUUUGGAGGUCCAGUGACAGAAGUCAAAACGGACAUCUUUGUCACCAGCUUUGGACCAGUUUCAGAUGUUGAGAUGGAAUACACCAUGGACGUGUUCUUCCGCCAAACAUGGAUAGACGAGCGCUUGAAAUUCGAGGGCCCCAUCGAGAUCCUGCGGCUCAACAACCUCAUGGUCAGCAAGAUCUGGACACCAGACACGUUUUUCCGAAACGGCAAGAGGUCGAUCUCUCACAACAUGACCACCCCCAACAAGCUGUUUCGCAUCAUGCAGAACGGAACCAUCCUCUACACCAUGAGAUUAACUAUAAAUGCUGAGUGCCCCAUGCGCCUGAUGAACUUCCCGAUGGAUGGACAUGCAUGCCCACUCAAGUUUGGGAGCUAUGCUUACCCUGUCAGUGAGAUCAUGUACACGUGGAAGAAAGGUCCUCUGUCUUCUGUUGAGGUGCCACAGGAGUCAUCUAGUCUCUUGCAGUACGACCUCAUCGGUCAGAGAGUGUCAAGUGAAAGGCUAAAGUCCAAUACAGGGGAAUACGUCAUCAUGACUGUCCACUUCCAUCUGCAAAGAAAAAUGGGCUUUUUCCUGAUCCAGACAUACAUUCCCUGUAUCAUGACGGUGAUCUUGGCUCAAGUCUCCUUCUGGAUUAACAAGGAAUCAGUUCCAGCACGGACAGUAUUUGGUAUCACCACUGUGCUUACCAUGACCACGCUGAGCAUCAGUGCCCGCCACUCCCUCCCCAAAGUCUCCUAUGCAACAGCCAUGGAUUGGUUCAUCGCCGUUUGCUUUGCCUUCGUCUUCUCCGCCCUCAUCGAGUUUGCGGCUGUCAACUACUUUUCCACGCUGCAAGCCAACCGGGAGCUACGCAAGGCGGCGGCCAUGAAGGCAGCGGCUCAAGAGGCCCCAGCUGCAGCUGCCACCCCAGCUGCUGGUGCAGGAAAUGAUGGAGAGGUCUCCUCGGGACACCGUCUGAACCCGGAUAACGUGGACAUCACACAGAUGCAACUGCAGAGACACACAUAUCAUGUAUACAAGAGUGUGGCCCAAUGAUAGCACUGGUCUCAUCAACCGUUCAUUGUGUGUGUGUGUGUGUGAUGCAUGGUGAGAAAGUCUCUAAUGAUGCAUCAUUGCAUUGUACGUCUUUUUAGGUUUGCUUUAAUAAAAAAAAAAAAAGUGUCUUUAGAGUAGAUGCUAUUGCCAACUUGAGCCCAGUGUGCAAUAGCUUCAUCUAUUGUAUGUCUCCUUGGGAUAUUAAAAACUCCUUUAUCCAAAUCAGUUAGGGACUAUGGAUUGAUGUUCACUGGUAGCAAGGCUGGGGAGCAGCAGGCUCUGCUUAACUUUUGUCAUGCAUGUCCAGACUCUGAAAUUCUGCAUGUGUUUGUAAAUCAUACAUACACCUCCCUUUGUCAUUUAUUUAUUUAUUUUAUUUUUAGAUGGAAUGAGUGUACACCACUCGAUGGACAGACUUAUCCUCUUCAAUUAUCACUUCACACUCAAUCGCAUCAUUUCCCCGUGCGGGUAAAGAGGACUUGAGGAAACAUCUUCAAAAUAAAACAUUUUCAAGUGGCGUGCUACCACGGAUACUUUGUACAAAUGGGAAACGGCAGUAUUCCAUCCACCUGGUAGCUCUUUUUUCGGGGAGGACACUGACCAUUUUUGGAUUUUAACUACAACAAGGUAAAGCUACAAAUAGGUAUCCAAUGGGAAAUUACUGCUGGGUGUUAAGUUAUUUAACUGUAACUAAUGCAAAUUAAUACUUAUUUUAUUUUAAAAAACCUGCUGGUGGUCAAAUUUAAAGGUGGACAAGAUAUUCAUCAGUUUCAGAAGGGUCGAAAGGAAAUAACAACAGUCAAGAAGAAAGUUAAAGUCUUAAACACGACUUCCCAAACAGAGUUGCAUUUGGUGGCUGCGGAAACACAGGAUGAGGCCAAAAGUGUUUCCAGAAUUGCUCUUUUUAACUUUAUUCAUAAUAUACCGGAUAAAGGUACAUUCAUGCAUUUUCUAUUCCGCUUGUCUUUAUCAGAGCCACGGGUGAGCUGGAGCAUACCCCACCUGUCUUCAGGCAAGAGGUGGGAUAUACCCUGGCCUGGUUGCCAGUCAAUCAUAGUAGUUACAUUAGCAAACAUUUCUUACAAUAAAAUAAAAAAGCUUGGAUAAAUGUGUUGGUUAAUGUAUAAAAUAAUGUCUUGUGAUUGACCAGUCCAAUGAUUAGUAUGCCUUUCAACUGAUGUCUGCUGGGAUAGGAUCCAACUCCCUGCAACCCUGAACAGAAUACGGGUUAAAUAAAAUGGAUGGAUGGAUGUAUACAAUACAUUGUUUGCCUUAUAUGUCUCAAAAUAAGAUGUUGCUUUAUUUCUAUUAAAUGUUUUCUAUGGGUGUGGCAAAAGGCUAGCAUUCAUUAGUCAUUUGUGUAGUACAUUCUUAAAACCUUAGAAAAGGUGGUGAAUCACUAGUUUCUAGGUAGAAAUGUAGUCAUGAUUAUAAUAGUAACAAUUGUGACUGGAGGUCGCUAAAAUCAGUGAAUGAAUCAAAUUGGUCUUCUUAUUACUACAAAAACUGAGGGAUAAGUAGUUUUGAAAUCAGAAGUCAAGGAUAGUAGUUUGUUUUGCUAUUGUUCAAGUUACUGUAAAAAGGGGUUUGACAACAAAAAAUGCUUGCAUACAUAUGACAAUUUGAAAUUUUGGAAUAGAUUUGAGCAACAAUCAUGGAAGUUGACACAUAUGAUUAGUUUUCACGGGUCUACAUAAAAUUUUGUGGUGGUCCAGAUCUGGCCCCCGGGCCUUGAGUUUGACACCUGUGCUGUAGGGGCAGUGUUUUGAACUUUUGAAGCCUUCAGUUGAUUUUGUUUUGGUUGUGAGAAAUUAUGGUCCCAAAAACGUAGACUACCUUAAUAUACUGAAUGAGCAAGUUAUUCCAUCUGUGUGUUUAUUUCUCCCUGACGAUGCAUGCAUUGAACCCAAAUGUAGAAAAUUUGAGGUUGUGCUUUCCAAACUGUCUCACAACAACUAUGGAUGGUAAUAAAUGUAACAUUGCACACAAUGAUCAAUACAAUGCCACGGUCAAUGCAUGCAGUGAUUUUUGGGGGGCUGGAAGUGUAUGAUAAUAAAGACUUCUAUUUAAUAUGUCAGAAACUAAAUGGAAAAAAAGGACAGAAAGCACAUUACUGUUCACACGCUAAGGCUUCGUUGUACCUAAGCAACAGCGUAUGUACACUUGAGAAAAUGAUGAUUGUCAUUCCUCUUGAAAAAUGUAUCCAAUUAUCACGCUUUUUUUCAUGAAAUAAAGAGUGUUCGCCAGUACUUAAUUAAGAAGACAGCUUCUGGUUUAUUGUUCUCAUUUAACGACGGGCAAAAAAUAGAAACCUCAACCCAGAAUCAUCAAUUAUCCAGGAUGCCAAAACACGUUUGUUAGUAAUCCACUUGUGUGGAUUAUGCAUAGUUUACAGCUAAGCGGUAACAUGUUGUGUU